AUGGAGCACAUCGAUCUCGGUAUCAAGUACGAUCCCGGAAUUGGAAUCUACGGUAUGGACUUUUACGUGGUUCUUGAUCGUGCGGGUCGUCGUGUUGCCAGAAGAAGACGUUGUCCUGGUCGUGUUGGACCCAGUCACCGUGUAUAUCGUGAGGAGUCCGUCAAAUGGUUCCAACAGAAGUAUGAUGGAAUAAUAUUGCCACCCAAGCCCAAGGUCAAGCGCGCUGUGCAUCGCAGAAGAUAA